AUGGCGCCGGUCACCACCAUGCGCCAGACGCCGCCGUGCUCACCUCCCUGCCCUGCAGUGCUCCCGCCUCUGCCCGGCCGCGCCCGCCUCUGCUCGGCCGCGCGCCCGCCGCCGCUCUGCCAGCCGCAUCGCUACCGCCCUGCUUCGCUCGCGCCUGCCGCUGCUCUGCCCGCCGCAUCGCUGCCGCCCUGCUCCGCACGUGCCCGCCACCCUGCUCUACCCGUGCCCGCCACCCUGCUCUGCCCGCCGCCGCCGCACUCCGAGAAGGGAGAUGGAGAGAGGAGGCUGCGCUCCGUGGCCACCGAGGACGGAGAAGGAGAUAGGAAGAUGCGGUGUCUCGAGCGAGGGAGCGGCUGCCCGGCCUCCUGUGUGUUGGCGCCGGGGGAGGAUCUGGCGGGAGAGAUGGGGAUCGAAGGUGGAGAAGGGAGCGAAGGGAGUGGGCUAAUUGCGUUUUUUCUUUUUGGUUCAGGGGUUUCUGUGUAA